AUGGCGCCACAUAUCAAGAAGGCUAUGCAAAAUAUCUUCGACGACUUGCUCCAUAAAAAUGUUAAAUGUUAUGUUGAUGAUUUGGUAGUAAAGUCGAGGAAGAGGGGUGAUCAUUUGAAAGACUUAAGGAUGGUGUUUGAGUUACUCCGAAGAUAUCAACUAAGGAUGAAUCCAUUGAAAUGUGCCUUCGGAGUUACUUCAGGCAAGUUCCUUGGCUUUAUUGUGAGACAUCGAGGAAUUGAAAUUGAUCAAGCCAAAGUCGAUGCAAUAUCAAAGAUGACUGAACCUCGAGAUAUUCAUGAGUUAAAAAGUCUCCAAGGAAAGUUAGCCUACUUGAGAAGGUUCAUCUCAAAUCUAGCAGGGAGAUGUCAACCAUUCAGUCAUCUCAUGAAGAAAGGUGCUCUUUUUAAUUGGGACCAAACAUGUAGCGAAGCCUUUAAAAGUAUCAAAUCGUAUCUAGCGAAACCUCCGGUUUUGGCAGCCCCUAUACCUGGAAAACCAUUGAUACUCUACAUUGCAGCACAAGAAAGGUCUGUAGGAGCCCUGUUAGCUCAAGAGAAUAGUGAAGGCAAAGAAAAUGCUCUUUAUUACUUAAGUAGAACGAUGACGCCAAAUGAGCUAAAUUAUUCGCCAAUUGAAAAGUUAUGCUUGGCACUGGUCUUCUCAAUUCAAAAGAUGAAGCAUUAUUUUCAAGCUCAUGUUGUCCGCCUUAUUUCUAGAGCAAAUCCCAUCAAGUUUGUUAUGUCAAAACCUGUCCUUAGUGACCGACUAGCAAGAUGGUACCUCCAAUUCCAACAAUUUGAGAUUGUGUACAUCCCUCAAAAAUCCGUGAAGGGACAAGCACUAGCGGAUUUCUUAGCAGACCAUCCUAUACCAAAUGAUUGGGAGUUAACUGAUGAGUUUCCUGAUGAAGAUGCGAUGUUAAUUGAAGUUCAACCUCCUUGGAAAAUGUACUUUGACGGGGCUGCACAUCGCGGCGGAGCUGGUGCUGGUGUGGUGUUCAUCACUUCACAAGAAGAGAUUCUACCAUUCUCUUUUACUCUAAAACAAUGUUGCUCCAAUAAUGUCGCUGAAUAUCAAGCACUGAUACUUGGACUUGAAAUGGCCGUUGACAUGAAACAAUUACAUUUACAGGUCUUUGGUGACUCUCAAUUGGUGAUUAAUCAACUCUUAGGAAGUUAUGAGGUAAAAAAGCCUGAAUUGCGACCUUAUCAUGAUUAUGCUCAAAAGUUGAUAAGAUGGCUUGGGGAUGUAACCCUUCAACAUGUGCGUCGAACAGAGAAUAAGAAAGCUGAUGCAUUGGCUACUCUAGCUUCAACGCUAACCCUUCCUGAUCAAACGCAAGUAACUGUCUGUCAAAAAUGGAUAGUACCACCGUCAAAUGAGGAAGAAUAUAUUGAAAAUAAGCUUGAUCAUAUCGUCGCCAUUGUUGAAGCUGCGAAGGAAGAUUGGAGACAACCCAUCAUUGACUACCUAUGUUAUGGGAUACUUCCAGAAAAUCCAAGAAGAAGAACUGACAUACGUCGUCGUGCACCUCGUUUCCUUUACUACAAGGAUACAUUAUAUAGAAGAUCAUUUGAGGGUAUGUUAUUACGAUGUUUGGGAGAGGAAGAAGCGAUUCAAGCUCUGCAAGAAGCACACUCAGGAGUAUGUGGAUCACAUCAAUCUGGACCAAAACUUCAUUUUCACAUAAAGAGGAUGGGGUAUUACUGGCCAACCAUGGUGAAAGAUUGCUUAUAUUAUGCUAGAAAAUGUGAUGCUUGUCAAUUUCAUGCGAAUUUCAUUCAUCAGCCACCCGAAGUAUUGCACCCAACCAUCGCAUCUUGGCCAUUUGACGCUUGGGGACUGGAUAUUGUAGGACCAUUACCAAAGUCUUCUGGUGGACACUUGUACAUCUUGGCUGCAACUGAUUACUUUUCAAAAUGGGCUGAAGCUGUCGCUCUUAAAGAGGUGAAGAAAGAGAAUGUUGCAAAUUUUAUCCGAGUAAAUAUUAUCUAUCGCUUUGGCAUCCCUCGCUAUAUAAUAACAGACAAUGGCAAACCAUUUGAUAACAAGUUAAUGAACAAGAUUUGUGAUCUUUUUGACUUUAAGCAGCGUAAAUCUUCUAUGUACCAUGCUGCCGCUAAUGGUCUUGCUGAAGCAUUCAAUAAGACUCUAUGCAACCUGCUCAAGAAAGUUGUCUCCCAAUCCAAACGGGAUUGGCAUGAAAGAAUGGAAGAAGCUUUGUGGGCAUAUAGGACAACAUAUCGCACACCAACUCAAGCAACACCAUAUUCACUUGCUUUUGGAGUUGAAGCAGUCCUGCCACUCGAGCGUCAAAUACCCUCCUUAAGACUUGCUAUUCAAGAAGGGCUCACUGAGGAAGAAAAUGCUCGAUUGCGUCUUGCUGAGUUAGAAGCACUUGAUGAAAAGAGGUUAGAAGCCCAACAAAACCUUGAAUGUUAUCAAGCUCGUCUAUCUCGUGCUUUUAAUAAGAAGGUUCGCUUGAGGUGCUUUCAAGUUGGAGAUCAAGUUCUCGCGGUAAGAAGACCAAUCAUUACUUCGCACAAGUCUGGGGGCAAAUUUACCUCAAAGUGGGAUGGACCAUAUGUCGUACAAGAAGCAUAUUCAAAUGGUGCUUACAAGCUUGUUGAUACUGAUGGCUUAAGGAUCGGUCGUAUUAAUGCCAAAUUUCUAAAGAGAUACUAUCCUUGA